AUGAGUGUGUAUAGAUGUAAUAGAAAACCAUGGCGCGGGAUUUUGCUUUUUGGUCCUCCUGGAACUGGCAAAUCAUAUAUUGCAAAAGCGGUUGCAACAGAAGCUAACAAUUCGACAUUUUUCUCGGUGUCAUCUUCGGAUCUGAUGUCAAAAUGGUUGGGCGAGUCGGAAAGACUGGUGAAGCAGUUGUUCGAGAUGGCUCGAGAACACAAACCAUCAAUAAUAUUUAUCGACGAGAUUGAUUCCUUAUGCUCUUCACGUUCCGACACGGAAAGUGAAUCGGCUCGACGUAUAAAAACCGAAUUUUUAGUUCAGAUGCAAGGUGUUGGCAAUGACAUGGAAGGUAUUCUAGUACUUGGUGCUACUAAUAUCCCUUGGGUUCUAGAUGCUGCUAUUCGACGACGAUUUGAGAAGCGAAUUUAUAUCCCACUACCAGAAGCAAAUGCUAGGAAAGAUAUGUUUAAAUUACAUGUCGGAAAGAAUACACCACAUUCGUUAACGGAACAGGAUUUCAAGAUUCUUGCAGAAAAAACGGAAGGAUUUUCUGGAUACGAUAUUUCGAUUGUUGUGCGGGAAGCUUUGAUGCAACCAAUACGUAAAGUGCAGACAGCAACUCAUUUCAAACAUGUUUCUGGACCUUCACCCUCGAACUGUAAUAUUAUUGUACAUGAUUUGCUAACUCCCUGCUCUCCUGGUGAUCCAGGUGCCAUGGCAAUGUCCUUCAUCGAUGUGCCCGCCGACAAAUUAGCUGAACCAAUUCUUUCAAUGAGCGACAUGCUACGAUCGUUAAUGAACACGAAACCAACAAUAAAUAAGGCUGAUUUGGAUAAACUAAUGCAAUUUACGAAAGAUUUUGGUCAAGAAGGAUAA